AUGAUUCUGUUCCGUGAUCUACUUGGACUCGUACGUCAUCCACUGUCAUUACAGUCGGCCAAAGGCGAUGUGCCUAUAGCAUCCCAGGACAUUAUGGACAGACGCACAGAGGGCGGACAAAUAUCAUUCAAACUCGGUGUGCGAGCUCCACCGUCGAACUGGGUACAAACGAACAACUACACUUUGUUGAAUUUUCUGCCGAAAUUCCUCUUCAUUCAAUUCAAACAAAUCGCGAAUCUGUAUUUUCUCGUUUUGGCCUUUAUACAGUUGCUGCCAGGACUUUCGCCUUUCGGUAAACAAGCUACUCUUGUGCCACUCAUGUUCAUCAUUGGAUGUUUGGCCGUUCGAGAAAUCUACGAGGAUGUGGAAUUUUGGGAAAGUGGUGUUAAGAUCGUUUAUGAUGCACCGAAUCGAAAAAUUUACGAAUUCCAAGGAUACAUGAUCGGAAAUUCUCCUUUUCUACAGCAAGCACCCGAAAGCAAUAGCAACAGCACUGAGACGCCUUCGAACGCUCAAGUAAUUCUCAGAGGAGCACGACUCAAAAACACUGACAACAUCUACGCAAUCGUCUUGUACACAGGACAUGACACUAAGUUGUUUAUGAAUGGCAUCAAGAGAGUUAUGAAGAGCUCCCUUCUUGCGAGUCUGACCAACUCCGUUAUGUUGACGCAGUUCGGUAUAGUUCUGUUGCUCUGUUUGGUACACGCCAUCUUGAGUCGGGUCGCUCAACCGAUUCCCUUCCUCGUGACGCAGUUUUCCAAUCAUUUUGACGACUCCCUCUUCUCCAUCUUCCUUCAGUGCCUCGUGUUGUUCAGCGGAUUCAUUCCGAUAUCUCUCUACGUCACUCUUGAAAUGGUUCAAAUUAUCCAGGGGAUGUUCAUUCAUCAUGACAAGAAAAUGAUCGAUGAGGAUGACCGAGCCCCCGAUGUGAAAAUGGUCUCACUAAACUCCGAACUAGGAAAUGUGAAGUACGUGAUGUCAGACAAGACGGGCACCCUGACGCAGAAUUGCAUGAGGUUCCGCAUGUGUUCUAUUGGCGGAGUGAAGUACGCGAAUCGGAAAAGAAGAAGGGAGACAAAAUUCUCGCCAAAUAAGCUGAUUUCGAAUAUCGCCAGCAACGAAAUGAAAAACGCGGAGAAGAUUCGCGAGUUCCUGACAGCAUGCGCGAUAUGCCACACCGCCUUUCCAGACAAGAACACUGCCACCGACGAGCGACCCCUCUAUCAUGCUACUUCUCCUGAGAAUCACUUGUCAACUUCUAAACUUUCACAAGACGAUAGCAAUGCUAUCGAGAAACCACCAGUUUUCGUUCCAGACGAAAACGCUCUUCUUAAUUUCGCAUCGGAUGCUGGUUUCGUUUUCAAGAAACGUUCUGCAGGAAAAAUAAUAGUAAAUAUGAUGGGAACGAAGCUCGAGUUCGAACUAGCGGCGAUCCUCGAAUUCGACUCUGAUCGCAAGAGAAUGUCGGUGAUUGUUAAGGAAAUGGGAGGGAAGUAUAAACUGUACAUAAAAGGAGCGAUCGAACUUACUAACUUGAACACCGUUGAGUUGAACUGUGUACUGAAACAGUUGCAGGACUAUAAGAUUUUCGACCGGCUUAAGAACGUUUCUAAGAAAGAAUUAAAGCGAACAGCGGGACAUUUACGGCAGUUUGCGAUUGGAGGGUACAGAACACUGUGUUUUGCCAUGAAGACCAUUGAUGACGCUAUUUUUGCCGAGUGGUACAAACGAUACAAUGACACCAUCACUGAUAUAUCAAAUAGGCGCCAGAAACUGGCCGAACUUGCCGAAGAAAUCGAGAAGGAUCUCACUCUGAUCGGGGUGUCUGCGAUCGAGGAUCGCCUACAGAAAGACGUUCCCCAGACGGUGGCACGUCUGCUGUCGGCAGGAAUUCGGGUCUGGGUUCUUACUGGUGAUAAAUUGGAAACAGCGGUAAAUAUUGGAAACUCGUGUCGUCUCCUGUCAGCUCGGGCUCCCAUGAUGGUACUGUCAUCAACAAAUUCGGCCGGAGCUAAGGAAGAACUUAUUAAAUAUCUGAAAAUGCUCGGCAAAGAGGGACUUGCGCGGCGGGACCAGGACCUUUCGCUAGUUGUCGACGCUACUGCUGCCGUCACAAGACUUGUUAAGGCAAACGUGAACGGGGCAGUGCUAGCAAUAGGUGACGGAGCCAACGACGUAGCAAUGCUUCAGGAAGCCGACGUAGGAGUUGGGAUUGCGGGUCAAGAAGGCAUGCAGGCAUCUCUUGCGUCUGACUACACCAUCACCCAGACCCAAAUUUCGUCUUCUGGAAAUGUCACAGAAUCGUACUGUUCAUGGCUGCUACUCGACAGCCAUUACCAAUUUGACGAAACCCUUCGUCCAUUUCAGCCACUCCUUGUUAGCUUUCCGGCUCUUAUUAUGGGCGUGAUCGAUCGUCCAGCUCCAAUCACCAGCCUCAUCAAAUACCCACAAAUCUAUCAGUACUAUCAGGACUCCCUCAGCAACACAGGUCAGUUUCGAUGGUGUGUUUGUGGCGCCGUCCAAGCUUUCGUCAUCUUCUGGGUGAACGUUUAUAACUGGGAUGUUGGCGCUCCUCUUCAUUCUGAUCACGGUCAAGACAGCACUUUGUGGGUGUUCGGACUGUUCAUCUAUUGCUGUCUCGUGCUAGUCGCGAAUCUGAAGGCCUUGCUCGAGACAAACUCAAUCACUUUUGUUUCAUUGGGUAUUGGAAUAGUUUCCGUCUCACUGUUGGUGCUCAACAUACUCUUUGACACAUUUGUUUCCAUUUACAUUCCUCUCAUUUCGCCAGCUGUCGCAGGAAUACUGCUCGUGAUGCCGCUCACCUCCCUCUUCUUCGUCAUUGUCCUGGUCAUAAUCGCUGCUCUGGUUCCUGACAUGGCACUGAAAGUUUUUCGUCGUACACUACGAGCUGAUAUACAAGAUGCGAUGUUAUGGCAGGAAGGUUUUCGCGGGCCAAAUUUCAACAUCCUGUACCAGCCGAUCUUCAAAAUGUGCGAUAUUGUCGGUUUGAAGACAUACGGCGAACUGGAAAGCAACAGAUUUGGAUUUGCUUUUUCACAAGAUGACGGUCUGGCAGUGACGCAGAUGGAUCUUCUACAGAAAUAUUCAGACGACUCUCAACCAUCAACUGCCUUGGAACAAUCCAGCAAUGAAGUGAAAGGGAAAACGAUGGAUCGUUCCGUCGAUGACAAAACAGUCGAAAGCACGUCCGUGAAGUCUCAAAAGUCUCUACCGAAUGCAUCGACGGCCAACGAUGCCAGCACAAAACUCAGCCGUGAUUCUUGA